AUGGAGACCCCAGGACUGGUUGUGCACGGGGAGGCUGCACCCUUCUCCACAGCACUCCGAAGCCUUCUCAACAAUCCCCAAUACAGUGAUGUGUGCUUUGUGGUCGGUCAAGAGCGGCAGGAGGUGUUCGCCCACCGGUGCUUGCUGGCCUGUAGAUGCAACUUCUUCCAACGACUUCUGGGCCCAAAGCUGGGCCCUGGGAUGCCCAGCCCCGUGGUACUAAGCUCCGUGCCGGCAGAUGCCUUCCUGGCAGUGCUGGAGUUCCUGUAUGCCAACAGUGUCAGGCUGCACCGCCACUCUGUGCUGGAGGUGCUGACAGCGGCUGUGGAAUAUGGGCUGGAGGAACUACGAGAGCUGUGCCUGGAGUUUGUGGUGAAGGUGCUGGAUGUGGAGCUGGUUUGUGAGGCCUUGCAGGUUGCCGUAACCUUUGGCCUGGGACCGCUGCAGGAGCGCUGCAUAGCCUUCAUAGAGACCCACACCCAGGAGGCGCUCCGGACCCGCGGCUUCUUGGAGCUGUCGGCGCCCGCGUUGCUGCCCCUGCUGCGCAGCGACAAGCUCUGUGUAGACGAAGCUGAGCUCGUCCUGGCUGCCCGGAGCUGGGCGCGCGUGGGCGCGGCCGUCCUGGAGCGGCCUGUGGCCGAGGUGGCGGCCCCGGUGGUGCGGGAGCUGAGACUGGCCUUAUUGGCCCCGGCGGAGCUGAGCGCCCUGGAAGAGCAGAACCAGCGGGAGCCGCUCAUCCCGGUGGAGCAGAUCGUGGAGGCCUGGAAGUGCCACGCUCUGAGAAGAGGGGAUGCGGCCCGGGGCGCCCCGUGCCGCCGCCGGAGGGGAACCCUGCCACGGGAGCAUCAUUGCUUUCUGGAUCUGCCCUUUAAGUGACCAAGGCUGCGAUUUGCGAGGACUUCUGGGCCUGUCCCAAACUACAGCUCCCGAUAUGCCUGGCUCUCAGAGGGGCUUCCGCCCCCAGCAUGCUCUGCGAGCCCGGAGCUGGAGGAACCGCGAUCCAUCCCGCGCCGCGCCCUGUGGGUGGGAUUAAGGGG